CAGCCCUCCGCUUUUCUCCUCGCUGCCCUCAGCAACCUUGGCAUAAGAGAGCGCCCCUGCUGGAUGCGGGCCUCCUCCUCAGCAAGUCUCCUUUCUCUCUAGGACCUUGUUGUCUGACCCCCUUAUUUCUCUCCUGCACCCUCAGCCCAACCCCUCACCACUAAUCCCAUUUCUGUUUCAAUGCCUGUGUGCCUCACAGAUGCUGGGCCCUGCGCGGAACGUCUCCUCAUGGCUGGCCCGAUGGUUCCCCAAAGUCUCAGCCAAGCCCGUGGUGGCCCUGAAAACACCCAUCAAAGUGGAAUUGGUGGCUGGGAAAACCUACAGGUGGUGUGUGUGUGGCCGCAGCAAGAAGCAGCCCUUCUGUGACGGCUCUCACUUCUUCCAACGCACUGGCCUGUCCCCACUUAAGUUCAAGGCCCAGGAGACCCGCAUGGUGGCUCUCUGCACCUGCAAGGCCAGCCAGAAGCCACCAUUCUGUGAUGGAACACACAAGAAUGAGAGUAUACAGAAGGCAGAGCUGGGCUCCCCGGUCUGAGUUGGCAGUCUCAGUGGCCCACUUCGGGCCUCCCAGACCCCGAGAGGAUCCUCGGCUGGGCUAUGGGGGAGGCAUUCCCUGUCCUGAGCCCCACAGUCUCAGGCAGC